UCUCAUAUAGGGAUGUUAAGUGGGAAUGGAAAAGAAAAUAAUAAAUCUAACGGAGAAAGAGGAAAAAAAUUUGGAGAUGGAAGAUUUUUUUCAAUUUCAAAGAAAUCUUCGGUUAGUGAACCAGGUUUUUUCAGAAUGUCAUUAUUAAAAGGAGGGAAAAAUAAGUUAAGAGACUUCGAAAAUACAGAUGAAUCUCAUCAUAUAAACAAUUAUCCUACAACACCGCAUAUUAAUAUAGAUGAUGAUGAUUAUAUACAAGAGCAACCAGCAAUAACACAUUCUAUCACAUCUCCUGCUACAGCUGCAACAACUUAUGAUUUAAUGCUUUUCUCACCAACUUCAACGAAUAUAAAUUCAUCAACUGUUACAAUUCAACCAAUAUCUUCUGCAUCUAACAAUUUUACUCCUUUACCAAGGCAUAGAGUAGUUGAUCAUAUAUACGAAGAUGAAUCAAUAAUGUUUACUAGGAGUUUUGAUGAUUUAUUACAUACUGAUGAAAUAACAAUUGAUGAAUGGACUAAUAAAAAUAAUAACAAUAAUAAUGAAAAUAAUAAAAACUAAUAAAAGUAAUUAAUUAGAAUUAAGUCUAUAAAUGAUUUAAUAUUCCUGGAUAAAAAAAAGGAUCGAUUGUGAGUUUUGUAAUUAUAAGCUUUAAAUUAUUGACAAUACAUUUUCAUUUAAAAUAUUAAAUUAGGGAUUUUUC